UUUAUUAUAUUUCUUUCCUGUUUAUAUUUAGGUAUAAAUAUGAAGUUAUUGUUAAAUAAAUGAAAUUAAAUUAAUGGAAUUGGGUAAUUACUUUAAAUUGAAUUUAGUAUUUUUAGUUAUUAACGUAGGCUUAAGUAACAAUACUAUCAUUUCUAUGGAUGUAACUGUCUGAAAUAAAUGGAUAUUAUUAUUAUUAACAAAUUUAUCUUAGAAACUAUAUUAUGGGAACAUUUUUUCUUAUAUAAUCAUUACAUUUAUUUUUAAAUACAUUCAAUGACUUGAUAUUUUUUAAAUCUAAAGGCAGCAUAUUAUACAGUUUGACACCCUCAGAUGAUAUAUUUCGUUGUCCAUAGUUAGUUCUAGAUCUGGUAGUGAUUAAGUUUUCGGCAUUUCGAUUAUGAUAGUUUUGAAGUUCCUUUUUUUUAGUAAACGUCAAUUUAGAAUGUAUCUCCUUGUGUAAUAUUUUUCUUAUUAGUAAACAAGUGCUAUAGGUAUACAGUUGUUUAACAGACAUAAGUUUGGUUUCACUAUAGACUUUUGUGGUGGGUGUCAGCUUUAUCAAGAGAUCAUGACUUACCAUUCUGAAACAUCCGCAAAAGCAAUAUUUGCUUCCGAAGUUGUUAGCAAUAUUUAUAAUUCAUUUGAGCAGUGGUAUUUUACCAUUGCCUUUUGUGAAUUUUCAUACAUGGAAAACAGAAUAAUUAAAUAUACCGAAAAUUACGGUAAUGGAAAUCCUGUGAUGCUCGUAAAUACCUGUCCUCGCAACGAUAGGGCAAAGUUCAAGCCGAAGUACAAUAUUCACGGUCAAACGGUUUACAUUAUAACAUCGGAAAAUUUACGUUUAGAAGACAGCGAGCAAGCAGUUGAAUCUUUAAAACGCACUGGAGUUUUUCAGCCAAGAAGUGCUGUGAUUUUUGUCGUAAACAUUCCCGUUGAAAUAGACAGCUAUUUCUUUUAUAACGUUAAGAUGCACUUCCAAUUAUUGUGGAGCAGGAGUAUCACAAACUCUGUCCUAAUGGUGUGGUCGCAUAAGUUACGAGCGUACAGUUAUAAUCCGUUUUUUGACGAAAUACGAGACAUUACGAACGUCUCAGACGUAAGCGGUUUUUUGGAUUCACAGUAUAAAAAUCUUUUCGGGCACGAAUUGAGAUUAAGCGUUUAUAGAACGAUAUAUCUUGAUGACGAAAUAGGUCCGAUACGUUGUCACAAAAAUUAUCUAGCAAAAACUGUAAUCGACAAAUUGAACGCUACUUGUAAAUCUUUAGUUCCUAGAGACGGUUCGACGGUGGGAGAUUUGCUAGACAACGGAACAGCGACGGGAGCCACGUCAGAUUUAAUUGAUGGAUACUCCGAUAUGGAAUUGAAUUCUAGAAUUUUGAAAAAUUCCUUUUAUGGCUACAUUGAUACCACAUACCCAUUAACACAGGACGAACUUUGCUUCAUAGUGAAAAAAUCAGAUAAACAAUCCACGUUCACAACGGUGUUAAAUUUAUUAACGAGUGAACUCCUUAUUUCCCUAAUUUGCUUUGCAAUUUGUUUCGUUGGCAUCGCGCUCAUCGUUCGAAAGAUUGAAAAAACUUUAAUGAAAAUCGAAGAUAAGAAAACUGUUGGUUCUGUAAUGAUUGACAUCCUAAAAUGUUUCCUGCGACAAACUGCAGAAAUAAAAUUCUUUGGUCCUGUAUUCAGAUGCAUUACGUUGGCUAUUGUCAUUUAUUCGCUUAUUAUAAACUCAGUCAUAGAUGCAAUAUUGACAUCAGCAAUAACUUAUCCAAGAUACAAACCAAACCUAAAUACUAUGAAUGAUCUUGUGAAAAGCAAUCUUACCCUCGGAGUGCACAACAGAGAUUUUGGAAUCUUUAAUUCAAGUCUGAACUCGGAGUAUUACGAAAGCUUAAAAAAUCGUAUCGAAAUUUUCAGCGACAAACAAAUCAAAAAGUUCAUCGACGAGAGACAAUUUCAGUACGCUGUGCUGUUGCGUAGGACUGAAGCUGAGAACAUAGUGCGGAAACCGGCUAAUAUGAAAAACGGGAGAAAAUUGUUUCAUAUCGUAGCCGAAUGUCCUGUCCCGUGCUCAAUGGUCUUCUGCUUGCGUUAUGGGAGUCCAUUCAAACCUAUAUUAGAAAGCAUACUACAUCGAUUAAGCCAAUACGGUGUACUGAAACAUUGGACGGAUACAGAAGAAUACAAUUACAAUCGCAACACGCUCAACGCAGAAAACAAAGAGAGGAAGUCGUUGAGCAUUUCCAAUGUUUACGAGGUUUUUUUGGUGACACUAGGUGGUUUUUUAAUUAGUACCAUAGUUUUUAUAAUAGAAGUAUUUUUACAUGCUUUUGACAGGUACUCACAAUUACAAAAAAAAGGUAAUUAAUGGAUCUACCACUGACACGUAGGUACUAGUAACUACAUACUAAGUUUUUGAAAUGCGCUUAUUUUUCGUAACGUUCACGCUAUUUAUUUGCUUUAAUUUUAGGGAAGUUCCCAAAGAUAAUAGGUACUCCAUGAGUACCAUAGUGUUUAUAUGUUACUUCAUUUACACGUAUCUAGAACUUUGUAAAGGUUUAAUUUAAACAGCUAAACCUGUCUGAGAACGCACAGCAAAAAACAGAACGCGCAUAGAAAUUAAUGGAAAUGUAAUUUUCACUAAUAUUCGAAAGUACAAAACAUGAAUUAUAUUACAGAUAUUAGUUAAAGUAUUAUUAGAUUAGGAAAUGAUAUUAGUUAAAUUAAAGUAUUAUUUAAUGUUCACG